AUGCCUGUGAGAGAUAUUUAUUCGUGGAAUAGUUUUUUGACGUUUUGUUGUAAAGUUGGGGAUUUGAAGGAAGCGUGUGAGGUGUUUGAUGGAAUGCCUGAGAGAGAUGUUGUGUCGUGGAACAAUAUGAUUAGCGUGUUGGUGCGGAAUGGGUUUGAGGAGAAAGGUUUGGUUGUUUAUGAGAGGAUGGUCUCUGAAGGGUUUUUGCCUUCUCGGUUCACGUUAGCUAGUGUUUUGAGUGCGUGUAGCAAGCUUACGGAUGGUUUUACUGGUAUGAAAUGUCACGGGGUUGCUGUUAAAACGGGUCUUGACAAGAAUAUAUUUGUUGGGAAUGCGUUGUUGUCUAUGUAUGCGAAGUGUGGGCGUAUGGUGGAUUAUGGUGUUCGAGUCUUUGAGUGUAUCUAUGAGCCUAAUGAAGUCUCUUUUACAACGGUAAUCAACGGGUUAGCUCGGGAAAAUAAAGUUUUGGAGGCAGUUCACAUGUUCAGAUGGAUGUGCGAGAAAGGUGUCCUGGUCGAUUCUGUUUGCUUAUCUAAUAUUCUUAACAUCUCUGCUCCACGAGACGAAUGCGACAGCCCGAGUGAGACAUAUCGAAAUGUGCUUGGGACACAGAUCCAUAGUCUUGCUUUAAGACUUGGGUUUGUAGGAGAUCUUCAUCUGAACAAUUCGUUGCUCGAAGUGUGUGCAAAGAAUAAAGACAUGAAUGGUGCAGAGCUGAUUUUUGCUGAGAUGCCUGAAGUGAAUAUUGUCUCUUGGAACAUAAUGAUAGCUGGGUUUGGCCAGGAAUAUCGAAGUGACAAGUCGAUUGAAUAUCUACAGAGAAUGAGAAAUUCUGGUAUUGAAUCGAACGAAGUUACCUGCAUUAGUGUUCUUGCAGCGUGCUUCCGUUCAGGGGAUGUUGAAACCGGUAGGAGAAUAUUCAGAAGCAUUCCACACCCGACUGUUUGGGCGUGGAAUGCUUUGCUUUCUGGUUAUUCCAAGUAUGAACACUACGAGGAAGCAUUAAACCAUUUCAGACAAAUGCAUAUUCAGAACCUGAAACCUGACAGAACCACUUUGAGUGUGAUACUAAGCUCUUGCGCGAGAUUGAGAUUUCUGGAAGGAGGGAAACAGAUCCACGGGGUAGCGAUAAGGACCAAUAUUUCUAAGAACAGUCACAUAGUUAGUGGUCUUAUUGCUGUGUACUCGGAAUGCGAGAAGAUGGAGAUCUCUGAACGUAUCUUUGAUGAUUGUAUAAACGAAUUGGAUAUCGCUUGUUGGAAUUCGAUGAUUGCAGGUCUUAGACGCAAUUCACUGGACACAAAAGCUUUGAUGCUCUUCAGAAGGAUGCAUCAGACUGGUGUGUUGUUUCCUGAUGAAACUUCAUACGCUUCUAUAUUAGGUAGCUGUUCAAGGUUAUGUAGUUUGCUCCAUGGAAGACAGUUUCAUGGACAGGUAGUGAAGAGCGGAUAUGUGAGUGAUUCCUUUGUUGAAACCGCUCUUACCGACAUGUAUUGUAAGUGCGGUGAAAUAGAUUCAGCUCGACGGUUCUUCGAUACUGUAUUGAGGAAAAACACGGUCAUUUGGAACGAGAUGAUACAUGGGUAUGCUCAUAAUGGACGAGGCGAUAAAGCUGUUGAACUCUACAGAGAGAUGAUUUCAGCGGGACAGAAACCUGAUGGAAUAACCUUUGUCUCUGUCUUGACUGCUUGUAGCCAUUCAGGACUGGUCGAAACCGGGAUUGAGAUACUCAGUUCGAUGCAGAGAGAUCAUGGAGUGGAACCAGAGCUGGAUCAUUACAUUUGUAUGGUUGAUUGUCUUGGAAGAGCUGGUCGGCUUGAAGAUGCAGAGUCGCUUGCAGAAGCUACACCAUACAAAAGCAGCUCUGUUAUAUGGGAGAUUCUACUUAGCUCAUGUAGAGUCCAUGGAAAUGUGGGCUUGGCUAGACGAGUUGCAGAGAAACUCAUAAGUCUGUAUCCUCAAAACUCAGCAGCUUAUGUGCUACUGAGUAACACAUAUAGUUCUAUGAGACAAUGGGAUGAUGCUGCAGCUCUUCAAGGAUUGAUAAACAAGAACAGAGUUCAUAAGACUCCAGGGCUUAGUUGGAUCACAGAGAACAAUGAUUAG